CCUGAUGACGAGAUCAGUCGAGGCGCGCCGCAUGUGCAAUAACGGCUAACGUCGGACGCGACAGGUGCGCUCGCUUCUCCCUGAAUAAUUUCAUCGCUGCAGAGGCCGAAUUUCGUUGAGCACCUGUUGCCGAGCUGUUUUUAUAGCUGCACCGGACAAAGGUACCGCGAUGGCCGAGGGAGAGGGGGAGUUCGGGUUUGUCAGCCGCGACCAAGGGUUGCUGGACCGCGCUGCUGGAAGACCGGACGUGGAGGAAGGGGAAACAACGGCGGCCUCUGCACCGCCGGAAGAGCAGUCAGGUAGCACGGCAGGUAGUGACAGUCCGGCAGGUAGCAAGCGGGGAUCGGUCGCCAGCAUUUCCAGCAGCAUCAAAAACGAAAUGGAUCUCGAGCAGGCAAAUGCGACCGACGUCGCUCUACCGCAGGUUUUUCAGGUAAAAUACUUGGGAAGAAAAGAAGCGAGAGGCCUGUGGGGAAUAAAACACACAAGGAGACCUGUGGACACACUGGUUGCCGCGGCAAAAAAUGCCACUGGCUCCGGAGUGAUUUUACCUUUAGUGAGACUUUCAGUGUCAAAAGAAGGUGUCAGUUUGUCUGAAAUAACAUUAAACAAAAGAGACAACAAUCAGCCCGCCGCUUUUUACCCAAUAGACACAAUUUCUUACGGAGUCCAGGACUUGGUAUACACAAGGGUGUUUUCAAUGAUCGUGGUGCGCGAAACAGCCGAGCUUCGAGGCCAACACCCGUUUGAAUGUCACGCGUAUGUGUGCGACAGCCGCAACCACGCCAGAAGACUCACUUACGCACUUGCCGCGGCCUUCACCGAGUACUCGAGGGCCGUGCGAGCUGCCUCGGGAGGUUCUCUUGAAGGCGUAGGCAAAAGGUCACGAAAAUUCGCUAUUGACCUGAGGACCCCGGAACAAAUGGAGAAGGAUUUGCAAGCGCCUACAGAGGAGGAUAGUGAGGCGUGAAUAAAAAACCAAAUAUAUGAUUUUACAACAAAGUUUCAAAUUACAACUUCUUGUCAAUAUAAAAACUGUCAAUUAAAUAUAUAAUUAAAAAUGUUCCUUUCCUUUUGAUAUUUAAUAAUAAAUUGUAAAUAUAAAAAAUAAAUAAUUAUUCAAGCUUGUAA